AUAAAACAAACAAAAUGCAAAUAAAGUAUAAAAAUGUAAUAAUUGAAUCCAAGGAUAAUUUUUUUGAGGUGGGUCUAUGUGUGUCAGGCGUGUGUUAGACCACACCUCCAGUUCUUUGAGGGGCUUUUAGCAGAUUCACUACAGAUAAAUAAUUGCCCCAUCCUCCUGCGAGCUUCAAAACCCUCCGUGGUCUCUUAGUGCACCUCUCAGGCACGCCAUUAGUUCUUUAUUACGACUCUGGCUCGGUGAGUAUGACGAAUAAAAAUGCUUAUAUUCAUAACGAAGCAUCACAUUGUUAAUUAUCACAUUUCCCCCACUCUUUUCAGGCUGUGAAGCAUGAGUUUCUGGAGCAAAGGUAUGUGUUCUUCCAGCGACGUCUGCCUGGCCGGCUGCACCGCAGAGCAUCUGCCCCCCAGUCACCCUGACCCGCCGCCAUCAAAUUUAGGUGGUUUUUACACCUCACACAAAGACGGCAAGAACAUCAAGGGACUGAUUCACAGGAUUGAAAACACUGCUUUGGGUUUAUCGUGUUCCGUCCCGGUGGAGUAUAAUCUGUCCACAGGGAGCACAAGAACACCUUUGUCUCCUGCUUUUUCCAGUCAUUACGACUGGAGUCUCAACAGCGGCCGCCAAGCCAAGCGUGCCAGAGUUGAGAACAUCAUCAAAGGUAUAACCUGCACAGAUGUGGCGCCAAAUCAGCAUGAGGAGACCGGCUGCGUGCGGGAGGGAGAAGAAAGGGUCGAAGUGUCGGCUUUACAUCAGAGACACGUGGAAGCGAGUGGAACUGAAAGCCUCAGCGAAAGCCACCGGUACCUCAGAGAGGUUAGGACGAAGUUCAGUCCCAUCUGCGAAGAUGAGAAGUUUCCCAGAUGGAGUGUUUCGUCUGAAGCAUCUACAGACGAGGUACUUUCCAAGUCCUGCAGCGAGUCUGAAAGCAGUCCAGGUAAAAUUCAUCAGGAAUGGAAGAAGGCGACGCCAGGCCACCUCGGCUCCAAACCGGAUCGGGCGAAGCUGAUGGCAGACAUUUUAAAGUACGAGCUGACCCGAGCUGUGAGCAGGAGUGUGGACUCCAUUUUCAAAAGCAUGCCGCUUGUACAGACCCCAACUGAGAUGGAGAAUUCAGAAACUACUCUCCCUCCUCAUUUGGCAGAGUGCAUGGAGGAUAAAUUAAGAUGUGGGACGGCAGAGGUUCUGCUCCCUGACGUCCAAACAGAAGCUCUGUCUCUGGUGGUCCAAAAGCCAGAGCUGGAAAGGCCGCGAAACUUCAUCCUCCAGUCUACAUCAGCGGCUCCUCUUACCCCCAAAUCUCCCAUCUUCUUCAGCAGUGAGCCUGAACAAGCAUCGGAGCAAGACAACAUCACACACCAUCGACGGCACAGUUUUAAAUGUUUACCAGGCGGAUGCUCUGAAGGCGGUGAGCCAAGAUUGGACACGUAUUGGAAUUUGGUCAAAGUGAAAUCAAAGGUCACCUCCAGAUGUGUGAGAAGCCCUCACACACACACCGUGCCGGUGGAUCAGGUGAUUCUUGAAAGCCUGCAGCUCCCACAUGUGAAGUUAGAACCAGAUUGCUUCGAGAAAAAUAACCUCUACAUGUUGAACGAGUGUCUGACAACAAACCACCUGAAGAAAGCAAAGCUCAUGUUCUUCUACACUCGCUAUCCGAGCUCAGUGGUGCUGAGGAUGUGCUUCCAUGACGUGCAGUUCACACGCUGCAUCACCUCCCAGCUCAUCAAGUGGUUCAGCAACUUCCGGGAGUUUUACUACAUCCAGAUGGAGAAGUUUGCCCGGAGCGCUCUCCUGGAGGGGGCGCCCGACGUGAGGGAUCUGACUGUAAGCAGAGAAUCAGAACUUUUCAGAUCGCUAAACAUGCACUACAACAAAGCCAACGACUUCCAGGUUCCUGACCGAUUCCUUGAAGUGGCUGAGGUUACACUGAGAGAGUUUUACAUUGCAAUUUCAAUGGGCAAGGAUCGCGACCCAUCCUGGAAGAAGACAAUCUACAAAGUGAUCUGCAAGCUGGACAGUGACGUUCCACCUGAAUUUAAAAGUCAUCACUUUGGAUGAACACCAGCCAAAAAGGCAUCUUGUGCCACAGCGUGGACUUACCGAGUAAUUUUGUUUUGAAUGGGAAAAGAAAGGCAAAUAUAUGGACGGUAAGUAAUAUGGAUGUCAGAAAGAGGAAGAGUAAUGGUUGAUUAUGUAGCUUCAGCUUUUACUAGUUUACAAAAGCUACUAACAUUAACUCAGUGAGUGGUCUUAAAUGUUUUCUGUAUUAAAAGGAAAUCUUUAACAUGUUAGUUUUGAACGUCUUUAGGUUGCAUAAAAAAAAAAAAAUCCAGAUUUGUGAAGGACUUUUUCAAAAUGCACACAAAACAAGGUCCACACCGAAGAGCAAAAAAUAUUUAAUAUUUAACAUACAAAGUACAUUUUAUUUAGAUUAAUACAAUUUCAAAACUUAUUCCACAUGAUUAAAUCUAGCACAUUUACUUCCCAUACUUACCAUAAGUUCAUCAUGUUUGAUUUGUUCUGUCGGUACUCGGGCAAAAUGUCUUCAGGAGGAGAAAUGCUCUUUGCUCUUGUAGCUUCAGGGAAUCCAGGCAGACGAAUCCAGAUUAAAAUCCAGAGUGGGAAAAUUCAAACCCUGGGUUUCCUUCAGUCUUCGAAGAGUUUAAACAUGGAAAAGAAAAAUGUUGAUAACACCAGUGUCUUUUUUUUUUCUAUUACAUGUUAAUAAAUUACAUACAAUAAAUGUAGCUACCCAUACUGAAAAAAAGCAGGGCCUCCUUCUUACAUCCUUACUAAGAAGCUCUAAAUGACCUGACCUCUCCUCAGUUUUCUGGCGACCAACCCAGGUAAAGUCAAAUAUCAAAUUCCACUAUUACCAAAAAAGGAUUGUACUUUCAGGAUUUCAGCAAGACAAAUAUUAUGACCUCUUUAAGUCUGCAGACUUGACAAGUCGUCAAGCAUACAGUCAGUGUUAGUCAAAAGGUCAGUUCCACAAAAGUUGAUUGUUCACAAAGCCGUUUCUAGGCAUAUUAAUGGAAAGUUGAGCUGAAUGAAAGUGUGGUAGGAAAAAGGCGCAGAAGCAACAGGGGUGACUUUAGUUUUUAGAGAACUGUGAAGCAAAGGAUCUUUCAAGAGUUUGGGGGAGAUUCAUAAGAUGUAGAGAGAGUCCAGAGUUGGUUCUGAAAGAGCCGCCAAAUAUAUAUAUUCAAAAUAAUGAUCUAUGACUAUUCCAGUCUUUGUGCUAAACCACUCCUGAAACACAGACAUCAGAAGAGUCUUACCUGGGCUAAGAAGAAAAAGUGCAGGACUGUUGUCCAGCGACUGAAUUAAAAUGUGCUAAUUUGGAAAUCAAGGUCCCAGAGUCUGGAGGAAAAGUGAAGAGGAAUAAAACUGAAGUUGCUUCAGAUCCAAUGUUACGUUUCCAGUCUGCGAUGACUUUGGGUGUCAUCUGCUGGUGUUGGUCCAAAAUCAGAGUGACCACCUGUCAGGACAUUUUUGGGCACUUCAAGCCCGCUUCUUUCGAAAAGCCUUAUGAAGAUGGUGAUUUCACCUCCCAAAAGGAAUUCACAUCUGUUCACACUAAACUAAAUUUUAGUUUUCCUUAUUUGUAUGCUAAGAAUACGGAAAUUGGCAAACUAUACUGAAACAAACACUGCCUGGCCAAAAAAAAAAAAAAAAAAAAGUCUGAUAUUUUGUUGGACCACCUUUAGCUUUGAUUAUGAAACACAUUUCCUGCGGCAUUGUUUUGAAAAGCUGCUGCCAUAUCACAAAUUAUUUUGUAUCAUCUUUUCACCAAGAUCUUGUUUUGAUGAUGGGAGAGUCUGACCACCUCUCAAAGCCAGCAUAUCCCCAGGAUUCUCAAUGGGAUUAAGGUCUCAACUGCAUGGUGGCCAAUCCAUUUGUGAAAAUGAUGUCCCAUGUUCCCUGGACGACUUUCACAAUUGGUCUAAUGAAUCAUUGGCAAAGGUAUAUUUCAAGAUGACAUCAGGGAGGAAAAACUUCAUUGACAAAAUUACCUGAUUAUUCAGCAUCUUCAGGUAGUCAGCUCACCUCAUAAUGUUUUGAACCUAAAUCUGACCAACCCUGGAUCACAGGGCAGGGCUGCCCCCAGGGGCCUGUACAGUAGACACUAGGCAUGUUGAGUGCAUCACUUCAUCUGCCUCUCUUCUUACCCCAAUGUGCCCAUCACUCUGGAAUAGGGUAAAUCUGGGCCCUUCAGACUACAUGAUCUUCUUCCUUUGGUCCAGAGUCGUCUUAUUUUGCUCCUUGCAUAUUUAAACCUUUUUCUCCAGUUAGCUUCAUUGAUUAAUGGUUUUCUUAUGGCUACACAGCUGUUGAGUGCCAAUCGAAUGGAUUCCCUUUCCAUUGUGCAAAUAGAAAUAUUUUUACUGGCAUUUAACAGUUUUUAACCCAUUUUUAGUAGUUUCUCCAGUCUCACUAGAUGUUUUCUCUGCUUGGUGCCAGUGAUUUCCCCUUUCUUAAACAGACCAACAUCUUUUCCACAACCACGGGAUGCGUCUUUCGACAUGGUUGUUUAAGAAAUGAGAAGCUACUCAUUGCAUCUUUAGGGGUUAAAUAACAUGUUACCAUAAGAGAUAAGUGACCAUGCACUAAUUAUCCAACAGGAGGCUCAAACGUAAUUACUUGGUUUGGCAACUUUUUUUUUUUUUUUUUUCCACGCAGGGGAGAAUUUUUAAAAAUAAUUAAUAAAAGUAUAAAUAUGAUUAAUGGAUUGAAUUACAAGUAAAUUAAUUUUUCAAUAUGAAGAUUAUAAGAUAAUGUUUUGAAACAUUCUGUUUGCAGUAUUGUUUGGAUAUCUGCUAUUUGGGUGUUAGCAUUCAUGACCUAUUAAGACUAUAACAAGA